UCCAUGCAUUACUGUUUGUAUCCAGAUGCCCUUUGUAGCCAACUGAAGAAGCUUUGCUAGGAGAAUCUCCGGGUGGACUUUAUAAAUUCAUUGUCUAACCCACUCCACUGGCCUGGGACAGUGUGCCAAGUCCUGGGACAAGUCUUUCUUUCUUCCCAGACCUGGAGGUCCUGCAGUUCCACCGACUGUCCAGCUUGAAGUGUCAUAGCGGCUGCAGCCUCCACUACAGCGAACAGAGAGUUUCGGGGUGGAAAGGUUCCAUAUUACCCAGGAGAUUAAUUGCCUCUUUUCUAGCAUAGGCCUUGUUUCUAUAACACCUAUCAAACAUAAUGCAACAACAACAAAAUCCACAAUGUAUUUUUGACAGGCAAUUGUGUGUGCAUAGUACUGCAGUAGUAUAAUAGUACUGCCAGUAUGAAAAAUGUAUGCACUCACUAACUGUAAGUCGCUCUGGAUAAGAGCGUCUGCUAAAUGACUAAAAUAUAAAAUGUAUAAUGUUUAGAGAGAGGGGGUGGAGAAAAGGGAGGGAUGAUUGAGUCAAAGAAUCUGGCAAAGAAAGAAACUGAGCUUUUAACCUAACUGGAUCAACCUGACUAGCAACCAGCUGCAUUUGCUCUUUUGUGCUUCUCAUAAAGGGCUUCUCAUACGGGCAACACGAGAGAGAGUAAUCAGACAUCAUGCUCACUGUACGCAUAGGACAAAGGGUGCAUAAAACACAGGGCCCCACAAGCCUUCUUCCAAUCAUAGCAGUGCUUGGAGUCAUUUUCUUUGCUGUUUUCCUCAUAAUCCGGUCUCAAAACCACACCCUCUCCUGGUAUCCUGAGUUUCCUGGUCCAGAGUGGCUACAGGGGCCUAAUGUGCCCCAAGUGAGCACCUCCAGACAAAGACCAAGUCCGUGUGGCAUCCCAAUGUCCUGUCCAGAGGGCGACUUCAGCUUUUUCAUCGCCAGUGGAGCUGCUAAUGUGGUUGGACCCAAAAUCUGCAUAGAGGACAAAAUGAUUAUGGGUUAUGUGGAAAACAAUGUAGGGUGCGGAAUUAACAUUGCUGUUGUGAACGGGAAGACCGGGGAGGUUAUGAAGACAGUAUUUUUUAACAUGUACGAUGGCGAUAUUGAACCUCUGGUGGAGUUUCUAGAGUCCAUUGAGAAAGGGUCCCUUGUAUUGAUUGCAACCUACGACGACCCAGCUACAAAAUUGAACAAAGAAGCGAGGACGCUUAUCAAUGAGCUUGGCAGCUCUGCUAUCCAGUCAUUAGGCUUCAGAGACAACUGGGUCUUUGUUGGAGGAAAAGGAACAGAUGUCAAGAGUACCUUAGAGAAGCAUAUUAAAAACAAUAGAGACAAAAACAAGUAUGACGCCUGGCCAGAAAUGAUUGAGAUGCAGGGAUGCUUACCCCGCUAUUUGGAGUGAUUGGUACCAAAAAUUUUCAUACCCUGUCAGACCCCAUAUCUAUCACGUUGUGAUGUCUGUAUUACUCUGAAAAUUGCAUAAUAAACAACAAUUGUUUGGC